AUGGCGGACAACUUUUCCCUCUUUACGUCUCUUCGGUACGAUCCUGUUUUACUAGAGGUUGCUGCCAAACAUAUCGAUUACGCUGGAUGGAAUACUGCCAACGAGUCGCCCUUUUAUAUGCUCGACUACCACCGCGAUCGUAUGCUACGGGCAGCAACCCAUUUCCAGUGGGACAAGGCAAUCCAACUUCUCUCAGGCCAGGAGGGCUUAGAAACACUAGUCAAGGCAGCUGAAGAAUUCAUCGGUCCAUCCCAAAAGACUCCGCUUCGCUUCAAAGUUGUUGUUAGCCGUGAAGGAAUCAUGAGCUUCGAGAAGAACAACACAGCCGCGGUUGGCAUUGAAAAUCUAUUCCCUCUGCGGCUGCCUUCACCUGGUGCUCCAUCAACCCCUCAAGAAGCCAAGAGAACUCCAUGCUGGGCAAUUGUGCUCGACAAUGCUCAAACGGCAGCGUCAGAGUACACACAUUUCAAGACGACAAAGAGGGAAAUGUACGAUUCUUCCCGUCAGAGACUUGCCAUUGCGCUAACCGAUGAGCGGGAGGUCUUGUUGACCAACCAAGACGAUGGAUCCAUCAUGGAGGGAAGCUUGACAACGCCUUAUUUCUGGCGAGAUGGACAAUGGGUCACUCCACCAGUUUCUGCAGCCUUCAAUCCGGAGGCUGGAAGUGGUGGUCAAGACGGCACCUCCAGACGAUGGGCCUUGGAAAGGGGACUAGCCGUUGAGCAACAAGUGUCUGCGAGUUCUUUGGUUGAUGGCGAAGAGUGCUGGAUUAGCAAUGGCGUUAGGGGGUUUAUUGCUGGCGUUGUUCGUCUGAAAUAG